CUACGACCAUGGUGAUUGUUACCAGUGUGGCAUUUUGGGAUUUUCCACACAAGAAAGAAAGGAAGGAAUGGCGCUAACAACUUCUCUUCAGAACUACCUCUCUUCUUCACUCAUUUCCGCCAGUGGCAAUGCCGCAACAACGGCCAUUAAGCCACCGAGAAGUAGCAUGAUUACCAGCGUGAGAAUGCGGCACUGGGCGGUUCACGCGGCGGCGCCUGACACAACAACCGCAAGCGUGGAAGGGUUCGAAGAAGGAGUGCUGGUUCGACCGAACUGGAGUGGGGAGACUCCUCUGUCUCGUUUGGUUGCAGCUCUCAUCUCUUUCAAGCCCUUAUACUCUCUCCUCAAGCUUGGUGCCAGGCAGGUUUUCAUAAGUACAGCUGAGAAGAAAAACAUACCUUGGAGGGAAAUGACAAAAGAGAUUUUAGAGUCUGAAGUGUAUAAGGAGCUGGAAAGCAUUCAAAACAAUUCUUUAGUAUACCCAGAUUAUUAUUUGAACCCGUUCCAUGCUUAUGACGAGGGAAAUCUUACAUGGCUGGCAGCAGCAGAAGCGGAGCCUGCUACAAUGUCAAUGGCAAUGAGGGCAAUUCCAGAUGCUUCUUCAGUAGAUGAAGCAAAUGAGAUAAUGCGUGGAAAUUGGAUUCGUGCAAUUGAACAACACCAUAUAACUUAUUCAGGAACAUCCACAGUCCGUGACGUACUAGAUAUUGGAUGCUCUGUUGGUGUGAGCACAGGAUAUCUUGCAGACAAGUUCCCCAUGGCCAAAGUUACCGGGCUAGAUCUGUCACCUUAUUUUCUAGCCGUGGCUCAAUACAAGGCUAAGAGAGGAGUGCCUAGAAAAUAUCCUAUAAGAUGGAUACAUGCAAAUGGCGAAGAUACUGGCUUGCCUGCUAAAUCAUUUGACAUUGUGUCUAUUUCAUAUGUGUUUCAUGAAUGUCCCACAAGAGCUAUAGUGAACAUGGUAAAUGAAGCAUUCCGUCUCCUUAGGCCUGGAGGCACUCUAGCCCUGACGGAUAAUUCGCCAAAGUCAAAGAUCCUUCAGGAAUUGUCUCCAGUCCUAUUUACAUUGAUGAAGAGCACAGAGCCCUUUCUUGAUGAGUAUUACUUGACAGAUGUAGAAGAAACAAUGAGGAAAGCCGGUUUUGUGAACAUAAAAUCAUUGCUUACAGACCCAAGGCACAUGACAACAACCGCAACCGUUCCUCAAUGAAACAUAUUCUUUGAAUUUGGCUUCAAACAAGUUAGCCCUUGACUUAUUAUGCGUAUAUCAUUCUGUUCUUCUGAUGAACACAACAUUUCUUGAUGCCUAGAUAGUUAAUGGAGAACUCUUUGAAACGGUCGAUGUAUGUCACCUGUCAAGUUGAAGAGCAUAUAAAAAUUAUGUAUCUAUAUUUCACUAUAAUUUUAUGUUCAUUCGGAACAAUAAAAUGCUAAUUCAGCAA